AAUCACCACAAGCAAUGUCAGGAAAGACCAUUGAUAUAACCAAACUCGAGCCAGAACAACUGAUCCAACUCAGAAAGCAAUUUGAAGAUGAGAUGGAACACUUUUCCACUUCUUUAAGUGCUUUGAACAUGGCCCUGGGGAAAUACAAGGAGUGUAUCAACAACGUGAAGCAGGUAUCUACAGAGGGCAAUGAAGGGAAAGAAUUACUGGUGCCAUUAUCAGGAUCGCUGUACGUUCCAGGCAAAGUGAAGGAUAACAACAAGUUCCUCGUUGAUGUUGGUACCGGCUAUUACAUCGAAAAGUCCAGUGAGGAUGCAAUCAAGUUCUUCGAGGGCAAGGUAACACAGCUGAACAAGGACUCUACAAAGGUUACAGAGAUCAUCACCGAGAAAUCACGAACCAUCCAAAGGCUCGAUCAAGUGCUUAGAGAGAAAGUCCAUCAACGAGAAAUGCAAGCUGCUAAAUCUACCGCUAACCCACCGAUUGAAACCAAAUAAAUCCUUCUAUACUGUGAAUAUCUCAUUGUAUGUGAACCAUAACACCCAGAAAUUCCUGUAAUUGAUAC